AUGUUCAGAUCUACUUUGCGUAUUGCCACCCGAGCCGCAGUUAUUGCGACCCGUGGUCCAGUCCGCCCCGCGAUUGUGGCGCCCCGUAUGUUUGCUAUGUGCAGAUACGCUUCUUCAUCUGCUGCCGACGCCCAAUUGGUUGCGUCGUUGCGUGCUGAGCAGCAAGUCGAGCAGGAGGCUCUCGAGCAGGAGGCCAACGAGGCCGAGGAGUUCAGCUCGUUCUUGUCUAACCAGGGCUUCACUCUGGUCGAGAAGCCUGGCCAGGACGAGGUCCAGCUUGUGCGCACCAGCGGAGACGAGACCCUCCGCAUCUUCUUCUCUCCCUCCGAUGUGAUCAACUCUGAUUCUGUCCUUGACGACGCCGAGGGCGAGCACGAAGAAACCGAGGCUGCUGCGAACAAUGACGGAGAGGAGCUCGAGUUCAGCGACGACUUUGAUGUGCCUAUUCGUCUGAACAUUGUUGUCGAGCGGUCCAAGGGCGCUCUUGGCAUCGAGGCAAUUGUCCAGGACGACUUGGUGGUUGUUGAGUCGCUGAUCCCUUAUCCCUCCGCUGAGCUUGCCAUUGACGAGACUGCCGAGGCCGACUACAAGCGUCGUGCCAUCUACGGUGGCCCUCCCUUCUCCGUCUUGGACCCUAGCGUCCAGAGCUCUGUCCAGGAGUUCCUGGAGAGCCGCAAUGUCAACGGCGACCUUGCUCUCUUCAUUGCCGAGUACUCCUCGUACCGCGAGAACAAGGAGUAUGUUUCGUGGCUCGGAAAGAUUGCCGAUAUUCUUGAGUAA